GCUGGAUUCGAACCCGCCAGCUCAGGUGUAUGUGGCUGACGCCUUAGCCGCUUGAUCCACAAGCGCCGAGCUUAGGUAGCUCUUGAUUUUAAAAAUAAACUUUAAUUACUUCUAAAAAUGUAGAAGUAAUUACAUUGCGAAACCAUUCGCUGUCACCUCUCCUGCAGGUGAGAGGGAGGGACUGCGGAGCCAGACUCAAAACGCGCGUUAACAUAGGUGGGAAAGACCGCACGGCGCCCGCACGCCCCAGCGCCGCGGAGGAGUUUUCCUGGCGAAGAGCUCGGCAACUCUGGGCUUCCUCGGGACUCCUCGGUCGGGGCGGGCGGGCUGGACUCGCGGCUGCGCAGGCGCCGCCCCCGCGGCCGGUCGGUGCUGCCCGGCCGGGUCUUCACCGGUCCUGGUCCCCGCCGCCGACCCGCCAGCGUGGAGCCCGGACCCGCCAGCAUGGAGCCGGGGCCCGCGCUGCUCUUCUACGUGAACGGCCGCAAGGUGACAGAAAGAAAUGUUGAUCCUGAAAUAAUGCUGUUGCCGUACCUGAGGAAGAAGCUUCGACUCACAGGAACUAAGUACAGCUGUGGAGGGGGAGGCUGUGGUGCCUGUACGGUCAUGGUAUCACGAUACAGCCCCACUACCAAGGAGAUAAGACAUUACCCAGCCAGUGCCUGUCUGAUCCCCAUCUGUUCUCUGUAUGGUGCUGCCGUCACCACAGUGGAAGGCAUAGGAAGCACCAAGACCAGAAUCCAUCCGGUUCAGGAGAGGAUCGCCAAGUGUCACGGUACCCAGUGUGGAUUCUGUACCCCUGGGAUGGUGAUGUCCAUCUACUCACUGCUCAGGAACCAGCCAGAGCCCACUCUGGAUCAGUUAACUGAUGCUCUUGGUGGUAACCUGUGCCGGUGCACUGGCUACAGGCCCAUAAUUGAUGCCUGCAAGACUUUCUGUAAAUCUUCUGGCUGCUGUCAAAGUAAAGAAAAUGGGAUUUGCUCUUUGGAUCAAGGAAUAAAUGGAUUACCAGAAUAUGAGGAAGAAAAUAAGACAAGUCCAAAACUAUUCUCAGAAGAGGAGUUCCUGCCCCUGGAUCCAACCCAGGAACUGAUAUUUCCUCCUGAGCUAAUGAUAAUGGCUGAGAAUCAACCACAAAGCACCAGAGUUUUCCGUGGUGACAGAAUGACAUGGAUUUCCCCAGUGACCUUGAAGGAACUUCUGGAAGCUAAAUUCAAGUAUCCCCAGGCUCCUGUUGUCAUGGGGAACACCUCUGUGGGGCCUGAAGUAAAAUUUAAAGGCGUCUUUCACCCAGUUGUAAUUUCUCCUGAUAGAAUUGAAGAACUGAGUGUUGUAAACCAUGCAGAUAAUGAGCUGACCCUGGGUGCUGGCCUUAGCCUGGCCCAGGUGAAGAACAUUCUGGCUGAUGUGGUCCAGAAGCUUCCAGAGGAGAAGACACAGAUAUACCGUGCUCUCUUGAAGCAUUUGGGAACUCUGGCUGGGUCCCAGAUCAGAAACAUGGCUUCUUUAGGGGGUCACAUCGUAAGCAGACAUCUAGAUUCAGAUCUGAAUCCUCUACUGGCUGUGGGUAACUGCACCCUGAACUUGCUAUCAAAAGAAGGAGAACGGCACAUUCCUUUAAAUGAGCAAUUUCUCAGCAAGUGCCCUGGUGCAGAUCUUAAGCCUCAAGAAAUCUUGGUCUCAGUGAACAUCCCCUACUCAAGGAAGUGGGAAUUUGUGUCAGCUUUCCGACAAGCCCAGAGGCACCAGAAUGCACUGGCAAUCGUCAAUUCAGGAAUGAGAGUCUUCUUUGGAGAAAGGGAUGGCAUCAUCAGAGAGUUAUCCAUUUUAUAUGGUGGCGUUGGCCCAAGCACCAUUUGUGCCAAGAAUUCCUGCCAGAAGCUCAUCGGAAGGCCCUGGAAUGAAGAGAUGCUGGAUGCGGCGUGCAGGCUGGUUCUGGACGAAGUCUUGCUUCCAGGCUCAGCUCCAGGUGGGAAGGUUGAGUUCAAGAGGACUCUUAUCAUCAGCUUCCUCUUCAAGUUCUACCUGGAGGUGUCACAGACUUUGAAGCAGAUGGAUCCAGUUCACUAUCCUGGCCUUGCAGACAAGUAUGAGAGUGCCUUAGAAGAUCUUCAUGCCAGACAUCACUGGAGUAGAAUAAAGUACCAGAAUGUAGACCAAAAACAGCUUCCUCAAGACCCAAUUGGCCACCCCAUCAUGCACCUGUCUGGUAUGAAGCAUGCCACGGGAGAAGCCAUUUUCUGCGACGACAUGCCUGCCGUGGACCGGGAACUUUUCUUGACUUUUGUAACUAGUUCAAGAGCUCAUGCUAAGAUUGUGUCUAUUGACCUAUCAGAAGCUCUCAACCUGCCAGGUGUGGUGGACAUCCUAACCGAAGAACAUCUUGGUUGCAUAAAAUCUUGUUUUUUCUCUGAAUCUGAGAAAUUUCUGCAAACAGAUAAGGUGACUUGUGUGGGUCAGCUCGUCUGUGCCGUGAUCGCAGAGUCUGAGGUUCAGGCCAAACGUGCUGCUGAGCAAGUGAAGAUUGUCUACCAAGACUUGGAGCCGCUGAUCCUCACAAUCGAGGAAGCUAUACAACACAACUCUUUCUUCGAGCCGGAAAGGAAACUGGAAUAUGGAAAUGUGGAUGAAGCAUUUAAAGUGGUUGAUCAAAUUCUUGAAGGCGAAAUACACAUGGGAGGUCAAGAACAUUUUUAUAUGGAAACCCAAAGCAUGCUUGCUGUUCCAAAAGGAGAGGACCAAGAAAUGGAUGUCUAUGUGUCCACACAGUUUCCCAAAUUCAUACAGGACAUGGUUGCCUCAGCCUUGAAGCUCCCAGCCAACAAGGUCAUGUGUCAUGUGAGGCGUGUUGGGGGGGCAUUUGGAGGGAAAAUAUUCAAAACUGGCAUCAUGGCAGCUGUCACUGCAUUUGCUGCAAACAAACAUGGUUGUGCAGUCCGCUGCAUUCUGGAACGAGGAGAAGACAUGUUAAUAACUGGAGGCCGCCACCCUUACUUUGGAAAGUACAAAGUGAUAGAAAUGGGACUUCUGAAAAUGGACAAUGCUUACAAGUUUCCCAACCUGCGCUGUCGGGGAAGGGCGUGCAGAACCAACCUGCCAUCGAACACGGCUUUUCGUGGAUUUGGCUUUCCUCAGGCAGGGCUGAUCACUGAAUCCUGUAUCACAGAAGUUGCAGCCAAAUGUGGUUUGUCCCCUGAGAAGGUGCGAAUGAUAAACAUGUACGAGGACAUUGAUCAAACACCCUACAAACAAGAGAUUGAUGCCAAGAACCUGACCCAGUGCUGGAGAGAAUGUCUGGCCAUGUCCUCCUACUCUCAGAGGAAAGCAGCCGUGGAAGAAUUCAACUCGGAGAAUCACUGGAAGAAGAAAGGGCUGGCCGUGGUCCCCCUGAAGUAUCCUGUCGGCCUCUGCUCAGUCGCUGCUGGUCAGGCCGCUGCUCUGGUUCACAUUUACUUAGAUGGUUCUGUGCUGGUCACUCAUGGUGGCAUUGAAUUGGGGCAGGGUGUCCACACUAAAAUGAUUCAGGUGGUCAGCCGUGAAUUAAGAAUGCCGAUGUCCAAUAUCCAUCUGCGUGGGACAAGCACAGAAACCGUCCCCAACACAAACUGCUCUGGAGGGUCUGUGGUGGCAGAUAUCAACGGGUUGGCAGUAAAGGAUGCUUGUCAAACUCUUCUAAAACGCCUUGAACCCAUCAUCAGCAAGAAUCCUCGAGGAACUUGGAAGGAUUGGGCGCAGACUGCCUUUGAGGAAAGCGUUAGUCUCUCGGCUAUUGGCUACUUCAGGGGUUAUGAAGCGGACAUGAAUUGGGAGAAAGGUGAAGGUCAUCCCUUCAAAUACUUUGUGUAUGGCGCUGCCUGUUCUGAGGUUGAAAUAGACUGCCUGACAGGGGAUCAUAAGAACCUCAGAACAGACAUUGUCAUGGAUGUUGGCCGCAGUAUAAACCCAGCCCUGGACAUAGGCCAGAUUGAAGGUGCAUUUACUCAAGGCAUGGGGCUGUAUACAAUGGAGGAACUGGAUUAUUCUCCUCAGGGCAUUCUGUACACUCGUGGUCCAAACCAAUAUAAAAUUCCUGCCAUCUGUGACAUCCCCACAGAAUUUCACAUUUCUUUGUUGCCUCCGUCUCAAAAUUCAAACACCCUGUAUUCAUCUAAGGGUCUGGGAGAGUCUGGAGUGUUCUUGGGGUGCUCCGUGUUUUUCGCUCUCCAGGAUGCAGUGGGCGCAGCUCGGCGGGAGAGAGGCCUAUCUAGGCCACUGAGGCUCAGUAGUCCACUGACCCCAGAGAAGAUUCGGAUGGCCUGCGAAGACAGGUUCACAAAAAUGAUUCCAAAAGAUGAACCAGGAUCCUUUGUUCCCUGGAACAUACCCAUAUGAAUCAAAUACAAACUUCUGGACAAAAUGGGGUGACUUUUCCCACAUGGCAAUCUCUUCAGUGUCAAUGCUCUAAGACGCUAGAUUUGAAUGACAGAUUUUCACAGUUCAGAAAUCAUUCUGCAGAGUGCUGCUUUUAUAUGAGGCUGAUUUGAAAUGUGCCAUUUAGAUUUGAUAGAUGCGCUUAAGCAAUUUAUAAGUCAUUUUAAAUGGUAUAAAUACUAAUUGCUUUUUGUGAUACUCUCCAUUACUGUGUCCCUUAGAUCCAUCCAGCUAAAUGGAAUAGAUGAUGACUUGUAUGUGACUCACAUUUAGCCUAUAUCCACCAACAGAAAUUAUACCAUCUACUGAAAGGGCAAUUUUCUAAAUAAUUCUAUUAUUAGUAUAAACUAUAAAGUUGUCAUUUUUUUUUUUGCCCUUCUCUGCUAUCACCCUCUUUUUUUGUCAGAAUAGAUAUAGACACUAUACCUAAAAAGUCUGUGGGAGCAAAGAAAAAAACGGAAAAUUGGGCUUCAUCAAAACUAAAAAACAAAGUUUGUGUUUUGAAGGAUACUAUCAAGAAAAGAGAAGAAAUCUCCAGGAGAAAAGUUUAUAAAUCAUAUAUCUGAUAAAGGGUCUUGCAUCCAGAAUACAUAAAGGAUUUUUAUAACUCAAUAAUAAAAGGAUAAAUAACUCAAUUUAAACAUGGACAAAGAGAUUGCUGGAUCAUAUGGUAGUUUAGUUUUUGCCCUAAAUACCCCGACUUGAUCAUUAUACAUUCUAUGCAUGUAAGAAAAUAUUACAUGUUCUCCAUAAAUAUGUACAAAUACUAUGAAUCAAUUUUUUAAAUGAACAAAGGAAUUAAAUAGGCAUUUCUCCAAAAAUGUUAUAUAAGUGGCCAAUAAGCACAUGAAAAGACGCUCAAACUCAUUGGUCAUUAAGGAAACACAAAUCACAAUCACAAUGGGACCCCAUUUCACAUACAGAAUCAAAAUGAUGGACAGUUAAGUAUUGGUAAGGAUGCAAAGAAACGGGAAGACUCAUUCAUUGCGGAGGCACAUGGAACGGUGUAGCUACUGUGGAACACAGUUUGGCAGUGCCUCAAAAAGUUAAACACAGUUAACAUAGAAGUUAAAUAUAGAAUUGCCACACUCUUAGGUAUAUACCCAAGAGAUCUCAAAAUAUGAUCACACAAAACUUGUCCAUAAAUAUUCAUAGCAUUGUUCAGGAUUUCUGAAAAGUGGAAACAACUCAAAUUUCCAUCAGCUGGUAAAAUGCAAUAAAUAAAAUAUACAAGGGGAUUUUAUUCAGCCGCAUGUAGAAAUGAAGUACUGUUACAUGUUGUAACAUGGACCAACCUCGAAAGCAUCAUCUAGAUGAAAGAGGCCAGACACCAGAGGCCACGUACUGUGUGAUUCCAUCUAUGCCAGAUACCCAGAAGGGGCAAAUCCAAGAAGAUAGAAAGUAGAUGAAUGGUGGCCAGGGCUGAGGGCAGAGGGGCCUGCUAAUAGAUCUGGAAUCUCUUUGGGGGAUGAUGAAAAUGUUCUGGAAUUGAUGGUGAUGGUUGUACAACAUGUGAAUAUACUGAA